CUGACAGCUUUAUUUUUGAAGAGAAGGUUCAGUAAUUAAUUGCCUAUUUUAAUAAAAUUAAAAUUUUUAUUUUGAAAGAAUUUCUUAAAAACAUAAAAAACUGAGCUAAAAUGAGUGAGGAUUUUGAUAUUUUCCACAAUUUAAAUGAACUAAAGAAAGUCAAUCUUUUAGCUAAAUUGAAAUUGGCCAGUAAGCUUAAUGAGGCUGACUUAAAAGAUUCCGGCGCAUUUGAUGAGAGUGAUGAUUUUGAUAUGGAUCCUAUUUUAACUAAAAGUGUGAAAGAGUUAAAAAAAACGCCAGAAAAUAUUUUGAAAAAGAAAGCCAAGGAAACGAAGACUUCCAAAAAAUCUGCCGAGGUGAUGUCCGCAGAUGAGAUAUCUUUAUCCCCGCAAUUAUCGUUUUUAUCCACGUUGCCCACACAGCUAGUAGAGGAGGAUUAUGUAGCCAAGCGAACGCGCGCAUCUCGCGGAAAACCAACUAAGCAACAAUCGCCUUCAAUUGUAGAAAAUGGACAUAGCAAAGUACGUAAAACAAUUCCAAGGUCUAGAAAAUCCAAAGAAAGCGAGAAUGUUUCUGUAGAUGAAACGGAUCAAUUUAACGCUGCUACAGCUUUGCCUAACAGUGCAAGACUUGGUAAAGGGCAACAUCAUAAGAACGAAUCGGAACAUAUUGUAACUGCAAGUAGCAAGUUUCCUGUCGAGACAUUCGCCCUGCCUGCCGUGCAGACAUUAAUUACUACUGGAAGACGUGGUAGGGGUCGCGGGGCGAGAUCCAAAAAAACCGCAAACGCUUCUCCAGAACUAAGGGAGCAAAGUUCUGUCGUGCCAUUAUUGGCUUUUAUAGAAAGUCGCGGUAGUGGCCGUGGGGCGAGAUGCAAAGAAACCGCAAACGCUUCUCCAGAAUUAAGGGAGCAAAAUUCUGUCGUGCCAUUAUUGGCUUCUAUAGGAAGACGUGGUAGGGCCUGCGGGAGUAAAAGAUCCAGUGCUUCGGAAAGGCAACAAGUUGACGUUGUUCGCGACUUACAAGUUAGUGCAUAUAUCGAUUUGGCAGCAUCCCCUCGCAUAGAAGCUUGUAUUAAUUUAGAUUCUGAUGACGAAUUGAAUAUUGCUCCUAAAAGUGAUAAGGAAAGUAGACCGUUAAUAUUGGAUCCGGACUACGACGAAGACAAUCAUGAAAUAAAUGUAAAAAUCAAAUGGAAAGGUAAACCGGAAGUGUUUAAAUUGCGCAAAUAUCAAAAGUUCUUAGACAUUUAUGAAAAACUCGCUGCAAGAGAAAAUAUUAAUAUACGAAAUAUAGUCCUUAAUAUUGAUAAUUAUUUUGUAACGCCAGAGGAUACUCCAGAUUCCAUCGAUUAUAAAGUCUAUCAAUUUAUCAAUGGGCGUGUUUUAGAGAGUAGAUUGAAAACACUGGCUAAUGACACGCAACAAAAACAACGCAAAGUAAAUGAUAUUCCAUUAAAAAUUCAAUCGGAUAAGUGGAAAAAACCGUUGGAAAUAAAUAUACCAAAAGAGGGGAAAUUCCUUAUUUUAUAUAUAAAAUGCGAGGAGGAAUUAAGAUUGCGGCGUGAUCAAUUAAAAUUAAGUUUCGAUGGCGACCUUUUAGAAUACGAUAGCACGCCGGCUGAUUUAGAUCUCGAAGGCGGCGAAGUUAUUGAUUUAGUUAUUAAAAAUUAA